GAGGGAGGGUCUCCGGUUCAGACCAACUGCGAGGCGAAGCGGCGUCACGUUAACAGUUAAACCUCCUUCUGCUCCUCUUCUUCCAGCGGUGGAGAAAAUUCAACUUUCUCAACGGCUGCCGCGACCUGAGUUGCACCUGAAGGUACCGCAUCUUCAGCGUACCACAGAAAUGAACUGAAGACCGAGGAGGAGAGAGCACUCGUUUCUUGAGGACGUCCAACAUCUAAGGAGACACCAUGAGGUUGCAGAGGAGCCCGGGAUUGGUCGCCCUGCUGGGCUUCAUCACCUGUAUUUGUGCCUUUCAUAUGACUACAGCCUUCGACAUCCCACUGGAGGUUUUAGGUCAUGUAAACAUUGAGCAGCUGCCCAUCAUCACAGCUCAGUCGCCCAGCUCUCUCAUUGCCUUCCCUUUUGAUGAGAGCUUCCCCAUGACGUGUGAAGCCAAAGGGAAUCCCGAACCAGAAUUCAGAUGGACGAAGAAUGGGCAGGAAUUCGACCCCUCUCUAGACCCCCGCCUGAUGAAAGAGGAGAAUUCUGGGACCUUUGUGAUACCCAAUAAUGGGAACCUUACAGAGUACCAGGGAAUCUAUCGCUGUUACGCCUCAAACAAACUGGGGACCGCCAUAUCGACGGAGAUUGAGUUCAUUGUGCCCCAUGUUCCAAAGUUUCCAAAAGAAACGCUUGAUCCUGUUGUGGUGGAGGAAGGCCAGCCGUUUAUUUUAGAAUGCAACCCACCUCAAGGAAUACCACCCCUCCAGAUCUACUGGAUGACUAUCAGUCUUCAGCACAUUGAGCAGGAUGAGCGGGUGUCCAUGGGCUUGAACGGAGACCUUUACUUCUCUCACGCUGUGGAGAAGGACAGCAGGAGAGACUACUGCUGCUUCGCCGCCUUCCCAAGAAUACGAACCAUCGUUCAGAAGACAGCCAUGUCUGUCGUCGUCAAGACAAAGAAAAGUGGCGUGAGUCCUGAAGCUGCAAAUGCAAUCCUUGAGAGAAGACCCUCUCUUCUGACGCCCUCUGGUGCCAAAUCAGAGUCACAGCUGGUCAAAGGAGAAGACUUGAAAUUGGAGUGUAUUGCUGAAGGAUUUCCAACUCCACAGGUUGAGUGGGUGAAGAUGGGCCAUAAACUCCCAGUUAAAGCAAAACUGGAGAAUCAUGGGAAAUUGCUGAUUGUGCCAAGAGUAGAACAGGAAGACAGUGGGAAGUACAUGUGCAAAGCAAAGAACUCACUCGGGGAAGCUGUCCAUUACUUCAUCGUGAAAGUAGAAGAGCCUCCAGAGUGGGUGCUUGAGCCCGAGAGUCAGCUCAGUAUGAUCGGCUCAGACGUGCUCAUCAAGUGCUCCGCCAGUGGGACUCCUCAGCCGACGAUAACAUGGAGGGUGAAUGGGGAACCUCUGCAGGGGGCCCCUGCAGCCAACAGGAAGGCGUUUGAUGACACCAUAGUUAUACACAACGCCAAAGCAUCUGACAGUGCAGUCUAUCAGUGUGAGGCCUCCAACAAACAUGGAACCCUUCUGUCAAAUGCAAACAUCAUGAUUAUGAAUCUGCCCCCGAUGAUUUUGACCACAGAGGGGGAGGAUUACUCUGCUGUGGAGGGGAAGGGAGUUAUGAUGCACUGCAGGGUCUUCAGCUCUCCUCCUUCUACUAUCACUUGGAGCAAGGAUGACUCCCCUGAAUCCGUGGUGGGCCCGAGGUUAACCGUUCACGACAACGGGUCUCUAGAGAUCUACAGCGUGGAGAAAGACGACACGGGACAGUACACAUGUUUAGCUAAAAACACGGAGGGACGGUCUGCCAUUGACGCCAUGCUCUAUGUGAAAGAUCCCACUAGAAUAGUGGUGGCCCAGGAGGACCUGCAGAUCUUAAUAGGUACCACGGCCCAGCUCUCAUGCCUCGCAGAGUACGACAAGUCCUUCAGCAACGACUUUCAGCUCCUGUGGGAAAAAGAUGGCAUGGAGAUAACCCUCAACCACACUGAGCAUUCAAGAUACUUUGUGGAGGAUGGGCUUCUUCAGAUUAUCAAUGUAAGCCACAGUGACCAGGGGGUGUAUACAUGUGUGGCAAGGACCCCAGUGGACCAGGACCAGGCCUCAGCACUGCUCAUGGUGUUAGAUGCCCCUGAUGCUCCGGAGUACUUGGUACUGUCUGAACACAAGAGCAAAAGUGUGAAAGUGAAAUGGAUCCCUGGGGACGAUCACAACAGCUCCACCACAGAGUUUAUUAUCGAGUACGAGGAAAGCCAGUGGGAGCCGGGGACCUGGAAGGAGUUGCUCAGAAUACCCGGGAACCACAACUCGGCCGUGCUCAAGCUCCACGGCCACGUCGACUACCGAUUCCGAGUGUCUGGUGUUAACGCCGUAGGGAGGGGUCCUGCCAGCGAGCCCACGGAGAGAUACAAACCCCCGGCGGCAGCUCCUGACAAAAACCCUGAAAAUAUCAAAAUCGAAGGUCAUUUGCCACAUGAAAUGGAUAUCACCUGGGAGCCCUUGUCACGCAUUGAGCACAACGGGCCCGGUCUGGAGUAUAAGGUGAGUUACAAGAGACAGGAUGUGGAGGAGGACUGGAAGGAGCACAUGGUGAAGAGACACUCAUUUGUGGUGAAGAACACGCCAACCUUUGUGCCCUAUGAGAUCAAGAUCCAAGCCAGGAACCAUCAGGGCUGGGGCCCCGAGCCCAGGCUAGUGACCGGCUACUCAGGAGAGGACUUUCCCUCUGCUGCACCUGAUGAUGUAGCUGUGCAGGUGAUGAACAGCUCAGUGGUCAAGGUUAGCUGGACGCGUGUACACAAGGACAAGUUACAUGGACAUCUGGGAGGCUACAGGAUUAGCUGGUGGCGCCUGCGCAGCCUGGUGGACUCAAAGAAAAGCCACGGAGACAAACAUACGCUAACGUUCCCCGGGAACCGGAGCCACGCAACAGUACCAGGACUAACACCCUUCUCCGAGUACAGCCUCAUCGUCAUGACCUUCAACGGGCGGGGCAACGGCCCCGGCAGCCAUCCCCUCAACUUCAAAACCCCAGAGGGAGUCCCUGAGAAAAAUCCUGUUUUCAGGGUCACAGAUGUACUGAAGCACAGUGUCUCUCUUGUCUGGGCCCCGCCGUCGGAGCCUAAUGGGAUUCUCACCGGGUACCUCCUCGAGUAUCAGCUCAUUAACGACACAGAGGAAGUGGGGCCACUGCAGACCGUAGACAUCAGCCACCCCGACACCACCAAGUGGAUCCUGCGUGACCUGGAGCCUGUGAGCAAAUACAAGUUCUACCUGCGCUCCUGCACCACGGUGGGCUGCGGGCCUGUGGUCAGUGAGGAGUGCACCACCACCCUAGAAACAAGUCUGGCCAGCAUCCACGGAGGAAUAUCCACCCAGGGCUGGUUUAUCGGCCUGAUGUGUGCCAUCGCUCUCCUCACACUCAUUGUGUUGAUCGCCUGCUUUGUCAACAGAAAUAAAGGGGGGAAGUAUUCCGUAAAAGAAAAAGAGGACCUUCACCCAGACGUGGAGUCCCAGGGCAUGAAUGACGACACAUUUUGUGAAUACAGCGACAACGACGAGAAGCCACUGAAGGGCAGCCAACACUCGCUGAGCAGAGAGAUCAAAGCCGGGGACAGCGGGGACAGCCUGGUGGACUACGGCGACGAAGACGUUCAGUUCAACGAGGACGGCUCCUUUAUCGGCGAGUAUGCGGGGCGAAAGGAGAAGAGAGUGUCCGCUGAGAUCAAAGCCACCGUUCAGACCCCGGCAUGAGGAGCGGAACCGCCAUCCAUCCUCUCCCGGACAACGUUUUCAUUAAACCCGCUGGGAGGAACAAAUGAAAGAGGAGACAGACAUUAUCCAUACCGAGCACAAGUUUUGUGUCAAAUGUAAUGCGUCAUUGCCAACUGCACACUGCCACCCUCAUUUUAUAAAGCUCUGUUUUUGUCAAGUUGCAACAGAAUGACCAUUACUAAAUACUGUGUAUAUAUAGUGUAUAUUGUACGUGCGGAGUGUCUUUUUUUAUAAUUAUUAUUACACAAAAAAUGUAGAGGGCUUGGAUUUUCUUUUUUGUUGAUCUCCAUUACUUCAGCUACAGUAAUGUUUGUACAAAUGUUAGGAACAUUUCACUCUCCACCGCACAUCAUUAUAUUCAGCUUUGCCUCUGAUAUCAUCUUGUAGCAGGCCACAGAUAAGUGGGGAUAUCAAGUUGGUAUUUUUCAAUUGGAGCAAAUAUUACUGACCUUUUAUAUUUGAAAAAUGAUGCAUUAAAUAUGAUGUAAGAUGUGUAUAAAGGUUGCUUAUUAACUUAUUUUCUCCACUGGUUUUAUACCUAAAUAACAAGGAAAUUUACAUAUCAUAUACAGUGAUUGUUGAGUGAUGAAUUUCCCAGUGAUGUUAGAAGAAAAUAUAAUUUAGAUAUUAUGUCUUGUUUAGUAUUUAGAGCCAUUGGACAAUAUGAAUUACACACCUUCUUCUAUGCUCUGGCCCAUACACUGCCAUACACUGCUUUAGAUAUGGGAGAAAUAUUUGAAAAAUGUAAUCAAUUACACAUUAUUUAUCUGAUUAUUAGAAAUUGUUGUGUAAACCACUUUUUUUAUCAGAAUUUAUAUUAAAACUACGAGUAUGAUUACAACUGAAUCCAGUUUGUAGACAAACUAUUUUACAAUGCAACCCUUUGUCACCCUUUCACCCAGUUUUACAACAUUAAUUAUGCAUUUAAAACAGUGACGGUCAAGUAUUUGAAAUCAUGAACCGGGCAGCAAAUUUUCUUUAAAAUCACAUGAACCUGUGCAUUAGAAUUCCUCGGCUGAUGGCUUAUAUCAGCAUCACUGAAAAUGGUAGUUCCAAAGUUUAAAAAAAUGUAUACGAUUGAUCAGCAUAAUGAUAAUAUAUUUCCCAAAACAUCAAACUAUUCCUCUAAAACAGUACCCCAGUGAUUUAGUAUUGUACUGUAGAAAUUGCGCUGAGAUAUGUUUCAAAAUUAUUAGAAAAAUGUAAACCCAAGUCCCAAGUUUGAGUCUAGCUUCAAAAAUGCUGGAUCCUACAUUUCCCAUAAUUAAUUUAUGUUUCAAGUAUGUCGAAUUCCAAGGCCAUAAUAAUGCAGUCAGUUGUAGUCUCACAGUCCAAGAGGAGAUAACCCCAGUGACAUCACUUUGACAUCAUCAGUUAUUUUUUUCUUGACAAAGCCCCUCCAGAGCCACAGAACAGUAUACAACUGUUUGUAGACUGAGUAGUACUCUCCAUGAUUAAUGAACAGAUUUUCAUAUGCGAAGAGGUGGAAUGCCCUUUACUUACAGACUUAAACUCACCCUGGGUAAACUAGAUGAGCUACGUCACAAUUUCUAAAGCAAAUCAAAAAUCAAAGAUAUCUGAAACUUCCAGCACAGAGCGGACUUGCCAGUACAGAUAUCACAACAGAUAUUAUUGUAGGUGUCACAACCACUGACAAGCUAACAAACAAUAUGCUAACUGCUCUUACCAUUCUGGUAUGUCCGCUAGUCAAUCAUUUUGGUGCACAAUAGACUCCUCAUCUGAGUCUGGAGGCUCACCAAAAUCUCCUCUAAUAGAGAAAAUAGACCUCUGCGGCUGGCUUGCACGGCUCUUUUAACCUAGAAUGUGAGCAGCGUCGGUGGGUGGGACACACGCCAGAUCCAGAAUUGGUAUGAGUAGAUCUCUCUACUCUUCUCAAUUUACUUUUUAUCCAUUUAAAAUAAAAUAUGAAUCAUAGCGUAAAGUGUUUUUACUUGUGUCUGGAGGGGGACUUUAAGAAGAAAGUGCAAAAUACCUGUAAUAGAUUAUAAUCAGUUUACUGUAGUGGGGUUGCAUGAUAUUUGACAUGUUCCUGCCAUGCUGAGAUCAGCCAAUAGACUGUGUUCACUGUUACAUCUGUUUUAACAAGCCUUACUGUUACUUUCAGUAUACUGCCACUCAAUACACAAUCAUUAUGUUGCUCAGCAUUAACAUUAGCACGAAAAAUCACAAGAAUUGCAAUGUUUUGUAAAAAGAAAAUUCAACCAUUGCAUGUUAAGAAUGUUAAUUGGUGUUUUUUGAUGUCAUUAAAUUGCUUUACUUUCUUA